GUUAUCAGUGGCAGCAGCGCUUUAUUUUGAAAGAGCCAACCGGUAAUCUCCGUCACGGACUAGGCGUAAAUCUUCGCACUUUGUGCUGCUGCUUCUGCUUCUGCUGCUGCUGCUGCUGAGAGCGAGCAGGCGGAGAGAGGAACGGCAUCUAAAAAACCCACUUGGAAAAACUACUUAUCGAUCCUUGUCUUGGCCUUGAGGGGGCGCCAGCAUGAGUCAGGAGUCACUGGAGUCUGAUGGAGACUCUGCUCAGGAUGUGUGUGACUUUAACUGGGACGACUACCUGGAGGAGACGGGAACCGUGUCCGUGCCUCAUCACGCCUUCAAACAUGUGGACCAGGGCCUUCAGACCGGACUGAGUCCCGGCAUGAAGCUGGAGGUGUGCGCGCGCUCGGAGCCCGACGCCCCCUACUGGGUGGCCAACAUCAUCACCACGUGUGGGCAGCUGCUGCUGCUGCGCUAUGAGGGUUACCAGGACGACCGGCGCGCCGACUUCUGGUGCGACAUCAUGACGGCGGACCUUCAUCCACUCGGCUGGAGCCGCCAGCAUGGCAAGACCAUGAGAGCCCCAGAGGGUGUGCGUGAGAAGCACGAGGACUGGGAAGCUGUGCUGGAAAAGGCCUUGGCUGAGGAGUGCAGCGUUCCUGCCAACCUCCUGGAACUGCCUCAGCGCGGUCGAGACCCAGUGGAGCUGCUCUGUGCCGGCUGCUACGUGGAGCUGCAGGACAGCGUUGACCCGGGGCUGGCCUGGGCCGCCGAGGUGGAGGAGAACGUCGGCGGACGCCUGAAGCUGCGGCUGGUGGGCACCGAGGGCCUCCCGGAUACACCGGCGACCGUCUGGCUCUUUUACCUCCACCCACGCCUCCACCCUCCCGGCUGGGCCACAGAGCGCAACUGCGCCCUCAGGCCUCCUGCAGAUCUGGUGCCUCUGCGCACAGAGGACGAGUGGGAGGAGGUGAGGCAGAGGAUCAGGGACCUUCCUCAGGACGAGGCUCUGACUGCAGAGUUCAACAAGGAUCAGCCUGCCAUCGCUGCUCAUUGUUUUAAGGAAGCGAUGAAACUGGAGGCAGUUGACCCCGCUGCUCCGAUUUCAAUCAAACCUGCCACCGUCACCAAGGUGUUCAACGAGCAGCACUUCCUGGUGACCAUGGAUGAUCUUUGUGGUAUUGAGGAGUCCGAAGGUACGGGACGCUCUUUCCUGUGUCACAGGGACAGUUCAGGCAUCUUUCCUGCCCAGUGGAGUCUCAAAAACGGACUCCCUCUCAGCCCGCCACCAGGAUACCAGGGUCCAGACUUUGACUGGGCAGAUUAUCUGAAACAGUGUGAGGCUGAAGCAGCUCCUGAGCACUGUUUCCCAACCGAGCAGUGUGACCACAGCUUCAAAGAGGCCAUGAAACUGGAAGCUGUCAACCCGCUGUCACCCGAGAACAUUCAUGUGGCAACAGUCACCAGGGUCAAAGGUCAAUACAUUUGGCUCAGCCUGGAAGGACUGAAGCAGCCGAUGCCAGAGCUGAUAGUUCACGUGGACUCUCUCGACAUCUUCCCCGUCAGCUGGUGUGAAACAAAUGGAUAUCCGCUCGUUUAUCCCAUCAAGCCCUCGGUGGAGAAAGAGAGGAAGAUUGCUGUGGUGCAGCCGGAGAAACACAGAACUCCUCCAAAGUCUUUGUCACCUGACACUGUCAAGCAGCAGAUGGCCAACCACUCGGAAUCAGGCCCUGGUAACGGGAAAUACUGCUGCCCCAAGAUCUACUUCAACCACCGCUGUUUCUCCGGGCCUUACCUGAACAAGGGCCGCAUCGCAGAGCUGCCUCAGUUCAUCGGCCCCGGGAACUGUGUCCUCGUCCUCAAAGAGGUGCUGACUCUGCUGAUAAACUCGGCGUACAAGCCGAGCCGCGUGCUGCGAGAGCUGCAGCUGGACCAGGAGAGCCGCUGGCAAGGACACGGAGAGACACUCAAAGCCAAGUACAAGGGGAAGAGUUACCGGGCCACUGUCGAAAUCGUCCGCACCGCAGACCGCGUGGCCGACUUCUGCAGGAAGACCUGCAUCAAGCUCGAGUGCUGCCCCAACCUGUUUGGACCGCGCAUGGUCCUGGAGCGCUGCUCGGAAAACUGCUCCGUCCUCACCAAGACCAAAUACACGUAUUACUACGGUAAGAAGAAGAGUAAACGCGUCGGCCGUCCACCGGGGGGCCACUCCAACCUGGAGGGUGGAGUGAAGAGGCGCGGGAGGAGGAGGAAGAGGAGGAAGCAGCUCUUUGUCCAUAAGAAGAGACGCUCUUCUGCCUCUGUGGACAACACACCUGCAGGAUCCCCGCAGGGAAGUGGGGAGGAAGAGGAUCUGGACGAGGACGACUCCCUGAGCGAAGACUCGGGAUCGGAGCUUCAGGACGACCUUCAGGAUGAUUCCGAACAAUCCGUGGGGAAAUCUCAGCCCACGACGCCGUCCGCCUCCCCGCCCGCGACGCCCAGACCCACGCGCCGGCGCCGGAAACCGCGUUCGCCGUCCUUCUCUGACGACGAGAACCGCCCCCCCUCACCAAAGACCUCAAAGACUGAGCCUCCUCAGAAGCUGUGUUUGGACACCAGCCCUCUGGAGUGGAGCGUCACUGAUGUGGUCCGCUUCAUCAGGAGCACCGACUGUGCACCACUCGCAAGGAUUUUCUUGGAUCAGGAAAUAGACGGACAAGCGCUGCUGCUGCUGAACCUGCCCACGGUGCAGGAGUGCAUGGACCUGAAGCUGGGACCGGCGAUCAAGCUGUGCCACCACAUCGAGAGGGUCAAGCUGGCUUUUUAUCAGCAGUUUGCUACGUAGCUGAAGGGGAGCGGAACACUGGACACGAUCACGUCCUGUUCUGUGUGUUUAAUCCUGUGAAAACACUGUUAUUUCCCUGGGGUUUUUUUUUGUUUUUUUUUACUUUUCUUACACUGGACAUCCUUUCAUAUCUCGCUUAUAUAAACAACACACUGUGUCGGACGAGCAAGAGGACAAAGGGACAUUUUUCUCGAUCGUCGUGGUGGGGACGAUUUAAAUCAGAAAACAGUUCAAGUGCUCGCUCUUAAAGAAAAGAAUACAGAUAGAGACUAAAAAAAAGAGACAAAUUCAAAGCACUUUUAUGCUCUCAGUAAUUCCAAAGGUCCUCAUCGACUUCUAUCAUUAUGACGGACUUGAACAAGUAGAUUCUUCACCAAGUUCCAGUCAGAACUUUCUCUUAGUUGCCUCAGAUUUUUUUUAAUUUCCUCUUUUUUAACAAUUGAUGAAGAGUAACUGAGCUGGUUUGUUGUGUCCGUUCUGGACUCUCAGUCUGCUUGUUGUCUCUCAUGGCGCUUUUCUAUUGUACAGUUAUAGCUCAGCUCGGCACGGCAUGGCACGACUACUCGUUUGGUGUCAUGUGCGUCAUUGGGCGGGAAACUGCAGCAACGUUGUUUUCUACGCAACACAAACACACAACCCUGUAAAGCAGUUGUUUUGGGUGUAAAUGAAUCAUUAGAAUCGGUUGAUUUCAAAAGAUUUGUUCAAAGAAUCGUAAAAUACCACUGAACGUUGGGUCAAACCCACGACUGCCGGCUUUCAGCACCGCUGUCUCUAAACACACCAGACUCCUCUGUUAAAUGUUGACAUUUUAGACAUUUCCUUUGCUAAAUCGGAGAUUUACGUAAAGUUUUCAGUGUUUUAAGUCUUUUUAACUGAGCUACAUUUUUGAUUCUUGUGCCGGACGUCGCGCUCGUGACUCUUCCAGUGACAACACUCUCUGGCAGUCUGUUGACGAUCGGCUCAGCCUCACUGAUGGAAAAGCAAAAGCCACACAUUGGACCCAAUGGCCGGCCGCUGGGUAGUUGAUGACCGUCCGUAGUCCUCGUCAGGUCCUUGUUGGUUUUGCGGCUUUUAGACCCUGUUCAGACCUGGUAUUAAAGGAAUACUUCACCGAUUUGCGUUUAGCUCUGUAUUACUAGAAUAGGGUUUUGAAAAGCUGUGCUUCCCAACCUCAGUUUCCCCUGAGACGAUAAAUAUCCAUUAUUUUUUUGGUUCCGUGCCCACCAGUGACACUUGGUCCGAGGCUUGAAACUGCAACGCUAAUUCCGCACUUUUUGACCCACUCGUAGAGGGACGGGACCUCUUCCCAGGAUGUAAACAGUGUCCGCUAUCUUUGCGAAACUGAGGUUGGGAAGCACAAUUUAAAAAAAAAAAUGCUUUAAAAUGCUAGUAACACAAAGCUAAAUGCUAAUCGGUGAAGUAUUCCUUUAACUUCUUCAUCACGGACAGAUCACGCUAACCCAUCCUGAAUGCGUCGUCAGAUCUAAACUGUAUUUGUACAGUAGGCGGUUUGAGGACACAUUUGUCCACAUUCCCCUGAGCUGCAUGAACACGAUCUGUUCUCAGGACACAUUAGAGACGGCCUCCUCAGCCUCCGCCUUCCUUUUUUCUAAUGAUAACCCUUUAUUUGUUUCCUCUUCUCUGUCGCUCUCUCUCUUUCUCUCUGUGAGUGUGUCUGCUCGUUAACAUCAGGUCUGAACAAGAGCCUGACUCACAGCUUUUUAUCUGUCAAACUUUGCCCUUUGGUAUCUGCUCAUCAACGUCUGCAGAGGCUUAGAGAUCAUGUGAUGGAUGCAGAUUGAUGGGAUAUGACAGACCGCUUACGUGGAAGCACUUCAACUGUUUCUGUUUUACUUUUUAUAAUUUUUUUAUUAUGUUGAUUAAUUAAAACUGUUUUCCACACAGAAAAAAAAAAUGAUAGCAGAUUUCCUGGAAAAGGAUUUUUUUUUGAUGAUCGGCACAUAAGCGAAGUGUAAUAAGGGAGACUUCAUCUCCACAGAUCAAAACUGCUUUUGUUUACAUUGCAAGAACUCAGUCGAACUGCAAGCACAAGCAAAACCAUGCACUGUUGUGGGCGGCGGCGGUCGUGCAAAGGUGUGCAUGUUUGUAUAUAGUGUACAUAAUCAAAUUAAAAUUCUAGUGCAACAGGGUGAAAAAAAAAUUCUAUUGAGCAAUUAAAUAAAACAUUUCUGCAUAAGCAAUGAAACCAAUGCCCUAAAUAUCCAGGCUAAGUUUGCACAUAAAUCGUCCGAGACCUCGUUGUCUCACAGGGAGCGACGUUAAAACCAAUUGAAACCACGUAAACCGUUGGUUAUUUGGGUUAUUUCAUAUCGUUAUUAUUCUAAUUAUUAUUAUGAUUAUUAAUAAUAAAAAUAGUUGUUAUUUUUUAAAACAAAAUUAACUUAAUGUGCCGUUUUAAAGGGAGAAAUUGUGAAAAAGGCUUUUGUAAAUGAGCUCUUCCUCUCUUUUUAUCCUCUUCCUGUAGUGUGAUUUAUUGUAAUGUGUUUUGUUUUGUUUUUGUGUGGGGAAAAAAAAAAAGAAGAAAAAAAGAAACACCCUCCGCGGGUCUCGUUUCCUCAUUUGCUUGGAGUCACGGCAGUACUGCUAGCAACAAAACAUAUUUUUAUCUUGUGUUUUAAAAGAUAAUUACUGCUAUUUAAAGAGAGGCCACUGCAAUAAAAAAGGAGAACAGAGAUUUCGUCUCUCCUGGCAUUUCUUCUUCUUUUUUGUUAUAAAAAAUGGCUUUUGGCAGCCAGUGACGGCGUGGCAGGAGCACACUACCGCCACAUCCUGCUCUGGAGUGUGAAUCACAGAAUUGCAACAUUAAAGUGUUAAUGUUUCAUUCAAAACCUCUCUCUUCUUCUGCUCGAUAUGUUUUACUUUCACAUGAACGCCCUUUGGAUGAAUCCCUGUUAUUCGCAGUGUGACGAUUAAAAUUCGGAAAGACUUUCUUUCUCGAUCUGCCUUUUGUUUCUUGUUGUUGAAGUAACUUUAUUGAUUAAACUAUAGACAUUU